GUGCUGCGGGUUGUGUGGCGCCGCUUCCGCUCAUGCGCAGUUUGAUCUUGAGCAAAGGGGGCGUAAACAAACGAAGAGCGUCUCAGUCACAAGCGGCUCCAAAACAUAUUGAGUGAGUCCUCCAACAGAAUGUCUGUGCCCAAAGUUGCAUUUGUCACCGGCUCCAACAAAGGUAUAGGCCUUGCGGUGGUACGGGCAAUGUGCAAGCAGUUCCCUGGGGACGUGUAUCUGACCGCCCGGGAUGUGAGCCGAGGCACAGCGGCGGUGGAGAGCCUGAAGGCGGAGGGGCUACACCCCCUGUUCCAUCAGCUGGACAUCACAGACUCAGCGAGCGUGCGUGUUGCACGGGAUUUCCUAAAGGAAAAAUACGGAGGCUUGGACGUGCUAAUCAACAAUGCAGGAAUAGCUUUCAAAAUGGCUGACAGAACACCCUUUGGUAUCCAAGCUGAAGUGACCCUCAGAACCAACUUCUUUGCCACCAGAGAUUUUUGUAACGAGUUUCUCCCCAUCAUCAAACCAGGAGGCAGAGUGGUGAAUGUGUCCAGUGUGAUGAGCUCUGUCGCCCUGAACCGCUGCAGCCCUCAACUUCAGGCCCGUUUCCGCAGUGAUGACAUCACAGAGGAUGAGUUGGUGGCGCUCAUGCAGCGCUUUGUGCGGGAGGCCCAGGCGAACGUGCACACGAAGAACGGCUGGCCUGAGACGGCUUACGGUGCGUCCAAAAUUGGCAUCACCGUGCUCUCCAGGAUCCACGCUCGGCAGCUGCGUCGGGACCGGCCCACAGAUGGGAUCCUGCUCAAUGCCUGCUGCCCCGGCUGGGUGAGGACCGAUAUGGCAGGACCCAAUGCCACCAAGUCUCCAGAUGAGGGCGCUAUCACGCCCGUCUACCUUGCUCUGUUACCAGCAGGAGCUGAGGAGCCACAGGGCCAGUUUGUGUCUGAAAAGCAGGUGCAGGUGUGGUAGGAAGUGGAGCUGCCUCUGGGACAUAAGUACCUCCCCAGUCAUCACUCCAGCUUGGUAGUGCAAUUUAUAUCUGAUUUACACAUUAUUGUGUUUGUAUCAACUACUGGUUAAUUAAUUUGAUUGAUGAUUAGUUAAUUUAUGCUAAUCAAAAACUACUGACAGGGUGAUUUAGAAAUGUAUUCUAAGAAAUAUUUAUUAGGAAAGUUGGUUAACUGUGAUAACUUUUCAUGUUUCUUAUGAACUGCCAACUUUGUCACAAUUUAAACUUUGAGGAAAUAAAACUGAGUAGGAAAUACUUUUUUACAUUUGAGUUUAAAGUCAUAUUGUCAGAGGUACUAAAUGUUUGUACUCCCCGUUAAUGAUUUGGGGGAUGUGUGUGGCUUUGUAGACUUGGAGUGUCACUGUUAGACCCUUGAGCAAAGUUCUUAACCCUAAAAACUGCUCCAGAAGUGCUUUGCUCUCGCCUGUAUUUGUGCAUCUCAUUGUAUAGCAAGAUGGGAUAUGUGUCAACUAAAGAAUUGCUAUUUUCCUGUAUUUGUAAAAAUUAUAAAUAAAAGUCUCCUAUGCAUCA